CCCACAAGCGGAGGGAAGGGGGAGAUCGAGUUUCUGAAUCAUCUUUUUAAUUUCGUUGGAUCAGUUUCUUCCAGCCUGCGUUUUCUAUCAAACUAAAAGGAGGAGUUUCAUAACGUAAAGAAGAAGAUGAAGACAACGAAAGGAGGCAAAGUCAUGAACCCUACGGAUGCCUACCGUAAGGAGCUUCGUAAAAAGGAACUCAAACGGAAUAAAAAAGAAAGAAAAAAGGUGAGGGAGGUCGGAAUUCUGAAGAAGGACCCGGAGGCAAUCAGGGAGCAGAUUGAGAAAUUGGAAAUGAUGAAGGCUGAUGGUGCUCUGGACAAAGCAAGAAAGCACAAGAAGAGGCAGCUCGAGGACACACUUAAUCUUGUUCUUAAGAAAAGAAAGGAACUUCAUGAGAAAAUGAAGGAGAAGGGUGAGACCCCAGUAAUGUUUAGUCAUCUGGGGCCUCCUCGAAGAAGGACAAGUGCAGAAGAAGAAGAGAGAGUGAAACACCCAAAGCCAGAAGACUCUGCUUACUAUCAUCCAACUCUGAAUCCUACUGGUGCCCCACCACCUGGAAAGCCUCAAAUGUAUUUAUCCUCAAUAGGACCCAGAAUUCCCUUAUCUAGUGAUGUGGCAUCAUCCUCAAAAACAGAAUCAGAUGAUGCUACUUUAGCUGUACCACUACCACCUCCACCACCUCCUCCGUUGCCAGAUACUGCAAAAUUGGGCUCUGAUGAUGGCUCUGUUGUCCCUGAGUCUUUGCCUCUACCACCUCCACCUCCACCUCCGAUGCCUCCAACUGUUGCAGGAAACUUAGGUAUGUCAUUGCCGCCACCACCUUUACCACCACCACCUCCUGGACCUCCACCGAAAGAACAAAUUGCAGGUCGUCCACCACUUCCUCCUCCUCCACCUCUUCAACAAUUAUCACAACCACCUCCUCCCGGCAUCAGUGCUAAUGAAAGGGAGAGAAUUGAUGACCCCUCCAAGGUGUCAUCUCAGGUGCAUCUUCCACCUCCGCCACCACCUGGAAUGUCACAAAAAUCUGCAGGUAAUGAGUCUGAAGGGGCUCCAUCUGAAGCUGAUGUGAAUAAUCCUCUAGCAACCAAGGAUCUUUCUAACAUGGUUCCACCACCACCACCACCACCUCCGAUGCAACAACCUCCAGUGGCAGGAUCUACAUUGAUUCCAACCAUACAGCCUGAUGUAUUGCCUCCAGGAAUAUCACAUUUCCCUCCACCUCCACCUCCACCUCCUCUAGACAUGCGCCCUCCACUAUCUGCUCCAGUGAUUCCUGGUGGGACUGCCCAUCCUGGUAUGAUGGUUCCUCCAAUGAUGAGACCACCAUUUGGUCCUCCCCCAAUGAUGAGGCCACCUCUUCCACCUGGUCCUCCACCUACCUUACAGGAAGGAGAGUAUCCUGCAAACAGGCUACCUGGGCCACAGAAGCCAUCAUAUGUGAAGUCUGCUGCCUCAACUGUUGUUAAAAGGCCACUAGCUCAGCACACUCCUGAACUUACAGCUAUGGUUCCUGCUUCUGUCCGAGUCAGGCGAGAAACUGUCCUCCCAAAAGCAAAGCCCAAGUCGUCAGUGUCGACAACUGUAGCAGCCAUUCAGCCUGCAGCUCCAAUGGUUGUGAAGAAGCAAGAAUCAAUUAGCUCAUCAUCAGCACCAAAACCUCAGAGUAUUGAUGACUCAUAUAUGGCAUUUUUGGAGGAUAUGAAAGCACUUGGUGCACUUGAUAGUUGAUAAUUUUAUUGGCGGGUGAGACAGACAAGAUAGAGAAGAGGCAUGCAAAGGAUCAAAUUGUGUACAGGCAAACAUACAGUGGAUGCAUUAUUUUUCUUGAAGCUGGCCUUUGGUUUCCUUUGUUCCCUUCUUGUUCAGGGACCUCUUUGUAUCAGUUUUUCAUCAUAUUUCUUGAUCGCGUUUUUUUAGACUGGUCAAAUUUCUUGAUAUAAAUGUAACUUGGGAGCGAUUUUUACUUGGUGAACUAUAGAAACGCUAACCUGGAGGACAUGAAAUUUUUUUUAAAAAAAAAUGGCAUCUUUCACCUGC